AUGGAAGUGGAGCCAGACAUUGAUGUCGACGAUGAUGGCUCGGGCAACCAGCGUUCCCUCCCACAGAAGCAGGCACAACCGGCACCCAACAUCGUUUUUGACACAGACCCUGCCUUCUUCUCCCCCGAUGAGAAGCUCAAAGUGGGUGUUAUACGAGAAGAGGAUGGUACGCAGGUGUUCCUGUGCAUGUAUUGUCGCAUGCGGUGUGAAUCCGCAUUAGCCCUGAAGAUGCAUGUGCGUGUCUACCACAUGCCAGUGCUAGUGUAUGAUAAUGGGCUUGGUACAGUGGAGACAAGAUACCGAAUGGGUAUCAAGCUGCAGAACACCACCUUGACUGAGUUUUCCACCACAGAGAAACCCUUUGCCUGCCUCUUUUGCGAAUCCUCGUACAAAUUGCAGAGCUCUCUUCAGUCACAUUUCAGAGAGCACCACAGCCCUCACAAGCCCUUCCAGUGCCUUGAGUGCAAGGAGGGCUUCAGACGGCCCAUUGAGCUGUCCCGCCAUCGGCUGUACCGGUGCCCAGUAAGAAAAGACGCCACAUUUCCUACGUCCAAAAAAGAGAGGUGA